AUGGAUUUUCUAAUGUGGCUAUCCAACGGCAACUCCAUGCCUUUCAUCCCAAUAUUUGCGCUUGUUUUUCUCGGUAUCUUAUCUUUCCUGUACUUCCGUGCUUUUGGCGGUCUAUUGGGUCAGAUUUCCGGCCCUUUUGACGCUCGCUUUUCAAGACUAUGGAUGAUCCAGCAUUCAUGGCAAGGUAACAUGCAUAAGAGAAUGCUUGAAUUGCGUAAAAGAUACGAGAAUCAUGUUAGAACUGGUCCCAAUGAGGUCAGUGUGGCUGACUUGUCUGCCAUCAAGAAGAUAUACACGGCUGGUACCAAGUUCUCAAAGUCCAUUCGGUACGGGCUCUUUCAGGGCCACAGAAAAUUCGACUUGUCUGCAGAACGUAAUGAAUGUAUCCAUAGUUCCCAGCGUCGACUGGUCAGUCAGAUAUACUCGAUGGAAGCUCUCAAAGACUUGGAACAGUAUGUCGAUGACGCUGUUGUACACUUUAGCAGGAAAAUGCAGGACCGCCUAGGCUAA